CCUCUCUCACUCUCUCUCUCUCUCUCUCCAUUAACGAGGCAGAGCCAGUCCGAAUCGGAGCUCGAGUCGAGAUGGGGCAGCAGCAGCAGCAGGAGAACCUCACCCUCCUCCCCAUGUCCUCCUCCUCCGCCGCCGCCGCCGCCGACGCCGCGGCUGCGUCUUCACCGGCGGCGUCGGCUGGGAGGCUGUUCACGGCGGGGCUGGUGGCGUCGUGGUACGCGUCCAACAUCGGGGUGCUCCUCCUCAACAAGUUCCUCCUCUCCACCUACGGGUUCCGCUACCCGGUCUUCCUCACCGCCUGCCACAUGUCCGCCUGCGCCCUCCUCUCCUACGCCGCCGCCGCCGCGUCCGCCGCCGCGCCGCGGGCUGCGCGGCCGCGCCGCUCCAGGGGGCAGCUCGCCAGGGUGGCGCUGCUCGGGGCGGUGUUCUGCGCCUCCGUGGUCGCCGGGAACGUCUCGCUCCGGUACCUCCCCGUGUCGUUCAACCAGGCCGUCGGCGCCACCACGCCCUUCUUCACCGCCGUCCUCGCCUACGCCGUCGCGGCCCGCCGGGAGGCGUGCGCCACCUACGCCGCCCUCAUCCCCGUCGUCGCCGGCGUCGUCAUCGCCACCGGGGGUGAGCCAAGCUUCCAUCUGUUUGGUUUCAUCAUGUGCAUCGGCGCAACCGCCGCGAGGGCGCUCAAGACUGUCCUGCAGGGGAUCUUGCUGUCAUCGGAGGAGGAGAAGCUCAAUCCCAUGGAGCUUCUUGGUUACAUGGCUCCGGUGGCCGUCGUUCUGCUGAUUCCAGCAACGUUUAUCAUGGAGCGCAAUGUGCUCACUAUGGUGACUGCGCUUGCGCGGGAGGAUCCGAGUUUUAUCUGGAUACUGCUUUGCAAUUCCUCGUUAGCCUACUUUGUGAACCUCACAAACUUCCUAGUCACCAAGCACACUAGCCCACUCACUCUCCAAGUUCUUGGAAAUGCGAAAGGGGCUGUUGCUGUUGUGGUUUCCAUCCUGAUAUUCAGAAACCCGGUAACCUUCAUGGGGAUGCUAGGCUACGGGAUAACAGUCGCAGGCGUUGUUCUUUACGGGGAGGCCAAGAAGAGGAGCAAGUGAGAUGAGCCCAAUUAAAAAAAGAGUCACUUGACCUCAUCAGUUUGGUAGCUCCUGCACUCCAGGGACAUAAAAUGCUGCUGAUAACAUUAUGCAUAUGCACCUCUUACACUGCCAACCUGAUGUGUUCUGAUUUAAUCAUUGAUGGGAUGAUGAAGAUGACAAUUUGCAAUCUUUUUCUACAUGCUCCAGAAGUCCAGAUGCGCAAUCUGGGAUCCUAAAGUGUAGGCAUUGGUGAUCGUGCUAGCUCAUCACACACUGUUAGAUCAGAUGUAUUGAUGCUUUGUAGUAACAAUGAUGUGUACUGUAAUCAGUGAGAUGCAAAAAAUCAUUGUAAGUUUGUGCUUGCAUGACAAUUUCAGUGUUAUGUUAACUACUUUCAGAUACUA